UCCCCGCGUUUGCUUCUGGGCGGGGAGGUCGGGCACGGUCGGGCGAGGGAGUCCAGCAGGCAUUUCUUUCGGCGAGGGAGGGAAGGAGCCUCUCGAGGGUGAGAAGGCUGCAGCGUUUGCGGCAUCGUCCCCGUGGAGGCUGGAGAAAGUCCGAGGAAGGGAGCCGGAGAGAAAGGCGAGCCCGCGCUUCCCUCCACCCGAUCCACUUGGUUUCUUGAACCCGGGGCGUCUUCGGCAGGACCCAGCCAAGGCAUGAACUUCAUAAAUCCUUGGUUCAGAGAAAACAUCAAAGUACCAUUUAAUUGAAGAAUAAAGGAAGUAUGAAAGAAAAACCUAUCGGACUCUGAAUUCUUGGACCACAAACAAACUUGCUUCAAAAAUGGUUCAGUACAAAAAUAUUGCUGCUCAUUUUCUUGAAGAAUGGUGCCUGCGGGAUCCAUUGCUUGGCUUUAAGAAACAUCAACAUAUAAGGAAAAAACAGAGACUGAUUCGGAUAACGGGACUUUUCCUGGGUAUUAUGGCUAUGAGCACACUCUCACUUUCAAUUAGUGCCUUUUUCCAGUUGGGACCUUAUAGCACAGAGACCAUCAGCAGUCUGGACAGUGAAAAGUCCAAGUCCGUGCGUCAAAGAACUCUAUUGGACUACCAAGAACGGAAUCAAAACGAUACUCCGGGUUCAUCUGUUUCUUUGAAAUUUGCAGAUGAACAUGAUAACCACACGGAACAUUCUCAGGGGGACUACCCAACAGAUCUUUUUUCUCUUGAGGAAAGACGGCGGGGUGCUGUGAUCCUUCAUAUCAUUGGAAUGAUUUACAUGUUUGUAGCCUUAGCUAUUGUCUGUGAUGAGUUCUUUGUUCCUUCACUGACAGUCAUCACAGAAAAACUUGAAAUUUCUGAUGAUGUUGCUGGGGCAACGUUUAUGGCCGCUGGUGGCUCAGCCCCCGAACUCUUUACUUCUUUAAUAGGAAUCUUUAUAUCUCACAGCAAUGUUGGCAUUGGAACCAUAGUUGGAUCUGCAGUAUUCAACAUCCUAUUUGUGAUUGGGAUGUGUGCUUUAUUUUCUAAACAGAUUUUGCACCUUACUUGGUGGCCACUCUUUCGGGAUGUGUCCUUUUACAUCUUAGACUUGAUACUGCUAAUCAUCUUCUUUUUGGAUAAUUUCAUUAGGUGGUGGGAAAGUUUAAUAUUACUGAGUGCAUAUAUAUGCUAUGUGACUUUCAUGAAAUUCAAUGGGCAAGUAGAAGAAUUUGUGAAAAGUAAACUUAGCAGCAACAAAGUGGAUGAAGUAUCACCAGAACCUGAUGGAAAGAUUAAACCACGCCUUCAAAGAGGUGGAAGUUCUGCAUCUCUGCACAAUAGUCUAAUGAGGAACAGCAUUUUCCAACUUAUGAUUCACACACUUGAUCCACUGGCUGAAGAGCUUGGAUCAUAUGGAAAGCUAAAAUAUUAUGACACAAUGACUGAAGAAGGAAAGUUCAAAGAAAGGGCAUCUAUUCUUCAUAAGAUGGCCAAAAAAUCCCCAGAAAUAGAUGGUGAACAACGGAACGGAAGAGCCAAAAAUGCUGAAAAAAUUGAAGUGGAAGUGACACCACCCAAUGAUGAACCAGUGCAAAAUGGAAGUGCUGUUGGUGCAGAAGAGGAAGAUGACGAUGAUAAUCAGCCCCUCAGCCUGGCCUGGCCUGAUACGCCCCGGAAACAGCUUACGUAUCUGGUUGUUUUGCCUAUCGUUUUUCCAUUAUGGGCAACUCUACCUGAUGUUAGAAAUCCACCAUCCAAAAAGUUUUUCCCUUUGACAUUUUUUGGAUCAAUCACUUGGAUAGCUGUAUUUUCUUAUCUAAUGGUCUGGUGGGCACAUCAGGUUGGAGAGACCAUCGGGAUCAGUGAAGAAAUCAUGGGCUUGACCAUCUUGGCUGCUGGUACCUCCAUUCCUGACCUAAUCACCAGUGUCAUUGUGGCACGAAAAGGACUAGGGGACAUGGCAGUCUCCAGCUCUGUAGGAAGUAACAUCUUUGACAUCACCGUGGGCCUUCCUCUGCCGUGGUUCAUCUAUGCUAUAAUUAACAACUUCUCCCCAGUGGAAGUGAGCAGCAAUGGGUUAUUCUGUGCUAUUGUUCUUCUCUUCAUCAUGCUUCUCUUUGUCAUCCUCUCUAUUGCAUUCUGCAAAUGGAAAAUGAACAAAAUCCUAGGUUUCACCAUGUUCGGGCUCUAUUUUAUAUUCCUGAUUGUCAGCGUCCUUCUGGAAGACAGGAUUAUUGUGUGCCCCGUGUCCAUCUAAUAGGAAGGAAAUACUCCUUUUAGAACAACAGUCAGACAACAACUGAAGGGGGAAAAAAACUAAAAACAAACUGUAUCUUUAGAACUGUCCAACUUAAAACAAUAGGAAAAAAAGAGGAACUGAAAUUACACAUGGAUGAAUGCAACUGAUGCAGUAGCUGCCACCGAACAAAAAUGAUGUGCAGAGUGAAAACUCACAGCUUUAAAUCUGCUCCAAGAAGCUUUCAUUGCUUAUUUGUUGGAGGUAUGGUACAUCUGUUGUUUAUGAGUAUAUUUAGCUUCUUGCAUGGGCUCUGUUUAGGAUCUAGUUCCAUGCACGUUUUUCAAUCUAUCUGUUAUAUAUAUGACAAUAUAUAUAUAUAUACAAUGACAAUAUAUAUAUAUAUAUAUUACAGAUAUAUGUAUAUCAAAACGAGAGAGCUGCAUCUAUAAAUAGAAAGAAUAUUAUCUAGCUUUGGAAACAGCAAUUCCUAUUUAGUAUUGUACAUAUUCAUUUUAAGCUGAUAGAAGAGUUAUUCAGCACCGGCAGCAGAAGCAAUAUGAUAAACGAGAAGGUUGUGGAAAGAUGCUGUUUGUAUGUCACACAUUUGAGACUCAUGAAGAAUUUUAGAACGGAGUUAAUGCAAGCUGAGUUGGAUUUCCAGGAUCUGAGAAAUCAACAAGGUGAUCAUGGUGGCUCCAGUAACAUUACUCACAAAUUACAAGGAUGAGAUUUAUUUAUUAUCUAUCAUCUGUAUCUACAUAUCUUCUAUACCUAUACCUAUACUCAGCAGUUCACAAAGAUAAAAGACAUAUUUACAAUUAAAGCAUCCCCAGUGGAUUAAAAUUCAAAUAUGUUCACGUAUUUUCAGAUGCCAUUGUAUUGCUGUAACAUAUAACUAUGCAUAGAAGAAUAAGGAACUUUCCCACAUCAGAUGAGAGAGGUUUUGUACUGCCAUGUGUACAAUCCUUUUCACAGUUUGUAAAACAAGUUGCACAUCAUGAGAUACCAGAAAACCAAGCGAUAUUCCUGCCUGCCUUCAGUAAGCUUUAGCCUUACAGAUAUUUGCUGACUGGUUAGGGCUUGCUGGAAAGGCCUCUGUUGUUCUGCAGUUGGUUCUCUCUAUAUAUAGUCGGAUUGUAUCAGAAGGACAUUUGAGAUGUUUACUGGGAAAACCUUCAUUUGAAGAUUUUGAUGUCUCUUCUACAGCUACUAAGUGCAGCAAUACUGUAAUGAUACUAAAUCAUUUUAAAUGCUGUUUGCUUUGUCAUCCCUAAGAGGCUCUGUAGCUUUGAAAAUAGAAUUUUAAAACUGCUGGGUGAACGGGGGGCAGAGGCAAAACUGAAUGUAUUCUGUGGGUUUGUUUUGUUACUUGCAAAAGCUUUGCUGUUCCAUUUUUAUUGUCUCUAAAGCUUUGGAAAUGUGUGGGAAAGUGGAACUGCUGAACUGAUAUUAGAAUUUUCCAAGGCUGCUGGAAAGUGUUGAAUGCAGCUCUGAUUGUUAAAGCAACAAAUAAAAUUCUGUUCUGCUCCUCUAGAAACAUCAGGAAGAGGACCACUUCCAGCAUCAUAGAAGACCAAACAAGGUUUGGUGUUUCUAUGACCCUGCAUUAACUAGAAUGGCUGAAACAGCAACUGUCUGCAAACAACGUGCAACAGUUGUCUGUGCUAUAUUCUUGAUCUUGUUAAAAUGUAGUACAAUUCCUAUGAGUCACCCACCCACCUAUCACCAGUGCUCAUCACUUAUGAUCCACCCAAGCAUAAUAGAAAUUUGGCACCUCACAUCUUUGAAAAAUUGCUUCAAUGUUAUUGCUAUUUUGUUUGUUUUGUACUUGCACUUUCGUUCUCUACAGCACUUUAAAAAAAAACAACCUUUCAUUGUAUUCCAUGUAUAAAUAUGUGGAUAGCAACAUCUAGGUACUUCUUAGAAAAGUCAAGUAUACAUGAAACAAGUAUGUCUAUUUUUUUUUUUAAAUGUGACUGUUGAAAUAAUUAAGAAAGUUACCACAAUAAUUAUUGUAACAAUCUGCUGUCUCUUCCUUGGAUGGGUGUAAUGGUUGAACUGAGUGACUGAUUGAUUUGUUGAUUGAUUGACUGAUGAAUGGAAUAAGAUAACUCCAUCCAAACCUUGGGCAUCUCAUUACAUGAAAUGAUUAAAAUAAAUGUCCAGAAAAAGAACUUCAGCAUCAUCUGAAUGAAUGUCCCUCAAAGGGCUCCACAAACACUCCAGUCCAAGGCCUGGGGCCCAGGCCAAUGUUUAAAUUCUUCUUUCAGUAGGGUCAGAGUGGGGCCAUAUAAAUUCUAGGGAAACCUUGUUCCACAGGGUAGACACUAUGUGUCUUUUCAGAUGAUGCUAUCUAAUUGAUGGCACCUAAGGCAUGCUGUUGGCACCUAUAGUUAUCUGGAUAUUUGAAAUGUACAACUGAAUCACCAGCACUCUGAAGAUGCCUGAUGACAAAUGAAUGGAUAAGCUCCCCAGCAGCCUCAUGUAGAUAUUCAACAGAGCUAUCGGGAAAUCUUAACAUCUUAGAUAUUCUUGUAAUGCCUGGUAGAGAUGAGUUAUGAUGAGUUUUAUCUGGUUUUGGCUUACCACGAUGUGUGAAAUCAGCCGUGGUUUAUAGCUUACUGUGUUUGUGCAAAUCCAGCCUAAGCCAUGCUUAAGCAAAUGCUGAUUUGCUUAAUGUGAAGCCUAAAGGCAGCCGUGGUUAAUAAAAGAAAAGGAGUCUCUAUUUGUUCAUCAGAAGCCCCAGAACUGUAACCUGAAAUUGUAUGCCUUCUUCUUACUGGCUGUGUAUUUUAAAUGCAGCCUCAUCAUAGGCAUGCUAAUUCCCCCCCCCCCGAUAUUUAAGAUUUACCUAGGCCUUUUCUCCCUCAACAUCUGUCUGAAUGCACAAAAGAAGUAUCAUUAUGUUAUAUAUAAAUAUCUAAGCUAGAUCUAGGAUUUAAAGAACCAAUUUGUACAUCUUUAAACAACUUCUUGAAUCCUGGCAUGACUUGGUCAACCCCAUUUUGAUUCUCAAAACUUUCAAAUAACCUUUUCUCAUGUAGAAUUCUUAUUUAUGGGAAUGAAUCAGUAAAAAAAACCUUAGAAUUUUUCUCUCAGAUUUUUCUCUGUGAGGUAAUGUUGGCAGAAGCCUAAUCAUGCCUAUUUGGGAGCAAGCCCCAUCAAAUAUAUGAAACUCACUUCUGAUUUAGUCUCUAGUUAAGAUACUGGUAAAACAAAUCCGUUUUUAGCUAGACGGGGCUAAUGGAGCAAAAUAGCUUUCCAGGAGCCUCCUUUGCUGAUGAAAGAACCACAUUUACUACUGAAUAUCAUUGUUGCUGUAAGCAUAUAGAUAUACUACACACACACCUGUACACAUAUAUUGUUUUUUUAUUCCAUAGAUAUGGUGAUUUUUUUCUCCAUAUUGAUGCCUACCAUGGAAAAAAUGUGCAAAAUAUAAGUAGCUUCUGUGGCUAGAAGCCAAAGGCUUUAAUUUUUCAUGGGUGAAAAUUCACACACAACCAGGAGAAACUUCAGAAGCAAGAAGAUGGUGAUGACUAAGAAUGUGGGCUGUAUGUCAUAGAAAGGAAGGCUGGAGAAACACGGCACAUUGGCAAAUCAGUGAGCUUUGCAAAAACACCAUUUGUGGAGACAACUGUGCAGGAAGCUGUGGGGUGGGUGGUUCUGCCGAAAGGAACACUGGCAUUUGGAAGCGGCAGAAAACCUUUACAGGAACAAACCGCUCCAACACAUUGCUAGAGUCUCCAUGUAGGAGAGCUGUCCUUCAUUAACUGCUGUUCUUUCCAUUGUUUAGUUUCUAUGGCUUUGAUAUCCCUAGCUGUUUCGGUGAUACUUUCCUGAAGAACUAAAAGUCCUGAAACCAAACAGUUGAGUGGGGACAUAAAACUGGCAUGUCUAUUCCCCAGAUACCCAACUACCACAGAAUUAACAGAGGCAUGCAAAUUCUCACUCCAGAGUUAUUUACUUCCUGCUAUGUAUUCAUCUAAUUAAACAUUUGCCACCUCCUCCUUGUUUUAAUCCUGAAUUGGUGACCAUCCUCGGCUGCCUUUGGCUGAUCUGAGAAGCUAAGCAGGCAUGGGUUAGCCCAGGGGUGAAAUCAACUUACCUUUGCUACCGGUUCGCAAAUGUGAGCGCAUGCACCACCUCCAUGCAUGUGCAGGACUUUCCAUGCACAGGCAGAGAGCAAAAGCAGGAUGUGAUGUCAUCUGGGUGGGUGGGCGGAGCCUCCCGCCACUCCCGCUACCAGUUCACCCAAACUGGAUAGAACCGGCUGAAUUGCAUCCCUGGGUUAGCCAGUGCUUCGAUGAGAUAUCAGCUUUGGUGAAAGAGCCACUUACCUAGCUUCUAACUUGAUGCUCCCUCAAUGUUGAGACCUUGUUAUCCAGCAAUGGCAAUAUCGUGAAUUUAUCAUCUUUUACCUAGGCCUUUUUUAAAUCAAAUAAAUACAUAUUUAUUUAGUGAAAUUCUGGGAAGAGAGCUCUCAGUGUCCAAUGGUAGUAAAGAGACAUGGUGAACGCAACCUGCCUUUAGCAAUUCCAAGCAAUUGUGUGUCAUCGUCCCUCCCUAGAAAUUAGCUUGAGUUAUUCAGUUAAAUUCUUCAGGGCAUAUAAAUUCUCCCACUCCUUGUGCCUAGAAUCCUUUAUUCUUUCUCAAGCCAUUAAGAAACAAUAAUGAAAGGAGAACUGUGGUUCAAUAUUAUUCCCACCAACAAUUUACAUGAGAGAUACUGAGUCACAACAACUAUUCCUAAGGAAGGAUGCUUGUGAUAUGUCCUGUGUGGAUCAAUGGUAAAAUUCAAUUUUUUUUGCUACUGGUUCUGUGGGCGUGGCUUGGUGGGUGUGGCAG